AUGCAUCUCACCAAUUUCCUCCAGACCGCAUUCCACGGGUUGCUCUUCUCUACACCAGAUAAUGACCUACAACCCGGCAGCAUGCGAGCAAUCUCCAGCCUCCAUCUGGUGACAUCUCUUACCGCAGCUGUGUCUGCGGCGACCACCGUUCCAGUGUCGUCAAAUGGUCUGGUGGUCACUUCCGCCCCCACGACGGCUCAGCCCUAUGUCUUGCCCAAUCUGCAAGGGCAAGCUGUUGACUUUGGUGGCUUGAUCAUCCGCACGCUUGUCCCUAACACCACCACGAACGGAGCCUUCUCACUCGUCGGUGUCAAUUCAGGCCCGGCACCCCUAAACCUCAUCCAUCAUCACAAAGAAGUCGAGGCAUUCUACACCCUCAAGGGCAGUGUGCAGGUUUUCCACAAUGCCGACACCGGUCGAGAGCUACGUGCCAAUGACUUCGUAUUCCUUGCUCCUGGUAACAACCAUACAUAUCGACCCAACGACCUCGAUUUCCAACUCACCCUUGGUAUGGCUCCUGGCGGCAUCGACCAGUUCUUCGCUGCGGCUGGGAACCCAUACAACUCGGAUGCACCAUUCAACCCAGAAGGCUCUCCCCAGCUCAACGUCACCAAAGUUUUAGGGCUGAUGCCACAGUACAAUAUCGUACCUGAGCCGUUCAACACCAUCAAUAUGGACUGGGUGAAUGGCACAACGCCCGACGGCUUGGAUACCUGGCAUGUCGCCGAUCAAUCGGUACCAGACGACCCCAACCAAGCUUACUUCAUCUCCAGCAACCGCGGCCCCAAAUUCCUGCAUCGACGUAGCGGCCAAGUUGUUGCCCAGCUUGCGUCCUCGAAGCAAACAAACAACAAGUUGAGCGUCUCGACGAUCGCCAUAAAGCCAGGUUGCAGGCAAUCCCAGGCCACAUUCGCGGUGGACCAAGCAUUCCAGGUGACAGAAGGCCAGCUGAAUUUGGAAAUUAAUGGCGAGUCGGCGCAGUUGAUUUUCGGCGACCUCGCUUUCAUUCCGAAGAAUACUGCCUUCACAUACUGGUCAAAUGUUGGGUUCACGAAAGUCGUGAACUGGGCCGCUGGACCUGGACUUGCCGAGCUCUUGAUCUCAGACUCCGAGGCAUGGUCUUACGGUGUUUGGCCUGCGUGA